AUGGGUCUGAAACAGAAGCAAAGUGCGCCGCCAAAAAUAUCGAAGCGAAAGUCUCGCAGACUAGAUGCGAUUGCAGAACUGGCGGAGCUUCAGCAGAGACGAGCGCAGCUCCGAGAGGUACUCGGUGAGAACUCCGCAGCGAGUCCAACAGAUCGGCUGCGAUUUCUGUCGAGUUCCCGAGACUUUAGCGAGCUUCCACUCUCCAGAAGAACCCUUCAAGGUCUAAAAGUAAGCGGUUACACAAAAAUGACUCCCAUUCAACGGGCAGCGAUCCCGUAUGCUCUGGCGGGUCGGGACUUGCUCGGCGCCGCUAGAACAGGUUCUGGGAAGACGCUCGCUUUUUUGGUACCGCUUCUUGAAAGACUUUACUUGGACGGCUUUCAGAGUCAACUAGACGGUCUUGGUGCCGUUAUCCUCACGCCCACUCGGGAGCUAGCAUAUCAGAUUUUCGCAGUCCUGCAGAAUGUUGGCAGAUUUCACACAUUUUCUGCUGGUCUGCUGAUCGGCGGGAGUCGCAGCACUGACGAAGAGCGUGACCGCCUCCCGUAUAUGAACAUCCUUAUCGCAACACCGGGGCGUCUUCUGCAGCACCUCGACGAGACGCCCUACUUCACCACGGACCGAUUGCGCUUCCUUGCCCUCGACGAGGCAGACCGGAUCCUCGACCUCGGCUUUGCAAAGACUAUCGAUGCUAUUAUACAGCAGCUCAAAUCCUCGAGGCGCAACCCUGCUACACCUGAAGAAGGCCGCCAGACGGUGCUCUUCUCCGCUACCCAGACUCGGUCUGUUCGGGGCUUGGCGCGACUUUCGUUGCACGACCCCGAGUACAUUGCGCUUCGUGAUCAGGAGCAAGUAGAUGGUUACGAUAUGCCAAAGCGUCUCGAACAACUCUAUGUGGUGCUUGAUGGUGCUUUCAUGAAGCUGAGCUUGUUGUAUUCCUUCCUCCGUUCGCAUCUGAAGCAGAAAAUUUUGGUGUUUCUCACGUCCUGCAAACAGGUGCGAGCCUGUUACCAAAUUCUGUGUCGCAUGCGGCCCGGGCUACCCGUACUCUACAUGAAUGGUCAAAUGAAGCUCUCAAGUCGUUUGCAGAUGUAUGAACGAUUUGCCGAAGCACCAGCUGCCUGCAUGCUCGCAACGGAUGUGGCUGCACGCGGCCUCGACUUUGUCGACCUCGACUGGGUGCUCCAAGUGGAUGCUCCGGAGGAUGUCGCCAGCUACGUGCAUCGGGUGGGUCGCACUGCUCGGUACCAACGCGACGGACGCGCACUUCUGUUUCUGACUCGUGGCAAAGAGGAGACAUUGGUUCAGAAAAUCUACAAGCGUACUGGAGUGAGUUUGCAACGCGUUCGGAUCCGAGCAAAUUCUUACAUCGACGUCCAGAAAAAGGUGUCUGCGAUCGUCGCUGCCGAUGCCCAUCUCAAGUAUAUCGUGCAGCGCGGCCUGGAAACCUAUCUCCGACACAUUGCCAUCCAGGCUGACAAGGAUGUUUUCGACGUCACGGAAAUAGAUGCCGAGGCGCUUGCGCUGAGCUGGGGUCUUGCAGCUGCACCAUCGCAGUUGCUUUUGGCAGUGACAGAUUCUAAGCAGUCGGACGAGCGCCUCGCUCGUGACGUGUAUGGAUAUCGACAAGAACGACUUGAAACACGAGCAGCGACUAGUGCCGCGGAGGCCACUUCGAGAUCCGAAUUGGCGGAAGCAGGAGCACCGGCGACGUCUUCUGCAGCUAUGGAUGCCGCGGUUGAAUCCGAAGAAGAAAUAUUCUUCAGCGUACGUGGAGAAAACGCACAUCUCUGCGAGCAGCGAGAUGAGGAUAAUGAGGCGCAGAACGCACGUCGUCACCAAUCAUCAUUAGCUCCUAACCAUGACAAGGAGAAUGUGCAAGAAUCAUUCCGGCCGGGGUGGUUGCAAGAAGAACACGCAGCGUAUGCCGCGCGCUUACUGGAAGAGCGGCUUGCGGUGGAUGCUGAAGACCGCCGUCGUGAUCGCGAACGACUCCGGGAGAAACGGAAACGUCGCCAACGGGAGCUCAGCCCCGAGCCCUGA